UUGGUGUGUGUGUGUGUGUGUGUGUGUGUGUGUGUGUAUGUGUUUUUUUUUUCUUAAUAAUAGAUGCGUAUAAUGCGUUGCAUCAUAUCAGCGCCUCCUUUUUGUGCUUGCGCUACGUGUCUGCACAAGUACAUAAUCUGCAACCUUGCCAAACUUGCCACGAUGCACAAUAGAGUCGUACAGAGCGAGAGCAGAACUAUCAUAUUAUGUACGUCCCUCCCUACUACUUUUUCCGAGGGUUGGAUGACAGCCAGCAAUAGACCCAACUCGGGUAGACAAGAGAAUGUGGAGGGAUCUCGGCGUACAAAUUAUAUUUGAACCAAGUAGAUGGACAACUCUGGAAGCGUUUCGGCUGUUUAACACUAAACUUACCUAUGUACCUGAUCUUCCGAUGCUACCGUAACAGGUAGGCGAUAUUAAAAAGGAGAUAGGUUAUUAGAUUUUCAAACAUCCACCAUCUGGUUGCAUUAUUAGAUACCUGUUAGUUGGGGCGGUAGUUAUCAUUGACAGGCUAGGUAUUAAUCAACGGCGUAAACCGUAUAGAGAAGUUAAUAUGAGGUAGACAUGCGCGAGAUAGAUCGAGGCCGAGAUGUCAGCUUUUAGAUUAUUUUGAAUAGGUACCGAUUAGUACUCGCAUGGUUGUGCGCAUAAAAAUGCAAGUGAUACUAUUAAGUCAGACCAUUCGGAAUUCCAACGCGAUAUUGAGAGAGAACUAACAUCUAUCUAGGUACCUAGGUAGAUUUCUU